AUGAGAUCUUCUCCUAGGAUGGGGCCUUCAGCCCAUCUUCUUUCCGCUCUAGGAAUUAUCAUCAUGGCAACAAUGGUUGUUGCGUAUGAACCAUACACGAAUAGCUUACCACCACUACCAUCAUAUUCACCAUCCCCGGAUGUAGAAUACAAAUCACCUCCUCCACCAUCUGUCUACAAUUCACCAUCACCACCACCAUAUUACUCUCCAUCGCCUAAAGUCGACUACAAGUCUCCUCCACCACCAUAUGUCUACAGUUCUCCUCCACCACCAACAUACUCACCAUCUCCUAAGGUAGAGUACAAGUCUCCUCCACCACCAUAUGUCUACAGCUCCCCACCACCACCACCAUACUAUUCACCAUCCCCGGUUGAAUACAACUCUCCACCACCACCCCCAUACUAUUCACCAUCUCCCAAGGUAGAGUACAAAUCUCCUCCACCCCCAUAUGUCUACAGUUCUCCACCACCACCAUCCUACUCUCCUUCUCCUAAGGUUGACUACAAGUCCCCUCCACCACCAUAUGUUUACAGUUCUCCACCACCACCAUAUUACUCUCCCUCUCCAAAGGUUGAUUACAAGUCUCCUCCACCACCAUAUGUCUACAGCUCCCCACCACCACCCCCAUACUAUUCACCAUCGCCGGUUGAAUACAAGUCUCCUCCACCACCAUAUGUUUACAGUUCCCCACCACCACCACCAUACUACUCUCCCUCACCUAAGGUGGAUUACAAAUCUCCUCCACCACCGUAUGUAUACAGUUCCCCACCACCACCAUACUACUCUCCCUCACCUAAGGUAGACUACAAGUCUCCUCCACCACCAUAUGUAUACAGUUCCCCACCACCACCAUACUACUCUCCAUCCCCGAAAGUAGAUUACAAAUCUCCUCCACCACCGUAUGUAUACAGUUCCCCACCACCACCAUACUACUCUCCAUCCCCGAAAGUAGACUACAAAUCUCCUCCACCACCGUAUGUCUACAGUUCUCCACCACCACCAUAUUACUCACCAUCUCCUAAGGUAGUUUACAAGUCUCCUCCUCCACCAUAUGUCUACAGUUCUCCACCACCACCAUACUACUCUCCAUCCCCCAAGGUUGUAUACAAGUCUCCUCCACCACCGUAUGUAUACAGUUCUCCACCACCACCACAUUACUCACCAUCUCCUAAGGUAGAUUACAAGUCUCCUCCACCACCAUAUGUAUACAGUUCUCCACCACCACCAUAUUACUCACCAUCUCCUAAGGUUGUGUACAAGUCUCCUCCACCACCAUAUGUCUACAGUUCUCCACCACCACCAUACUACUCUCCUUCUCCAAAGUUCCCCACCACCACCAUACUACUCUCCUUCCCAAAGGUAGACUACAAGUCUCCUCCACCACCAUAUGUCUACAGUUCCCCACCACCACCAUACUACUCUCCCGCACCUAAGGUACACUAUAAGUCUCCUCCACCACCAUAUGUCUACAGUUCCCCACCACCACCAUAUUACUCUCCAUCCCCUAAGGUACACUACAAGUCUCCCCCACCACCAUAUGUUACAGUUCUCCUCCACCACCAUACUACUCACCAUCUCCUAAAGUUCAUUACAAAUCUCCACCACACCCACAUUUCCCCACCACCACCAUAUUACUCACCAUCUCCUAAAGUAUACUACAAAUCUCCUCCACCACCAUAUGUUUACAGUUCUCCACCACCACCAUACUACUCACCUUCUCCUAAAGUAUACUACAAGUCUCCUCCACCACCAUAUGUCUACAACUCACCACCCCCACCAGCGUACUCACCGUCCCCUAAGGUAGACUACAAGUCUCCUCCUCCACCAUAUGUCUACAGUUCCCCACCACCACCAUACUACUCACCUUCGCCUAAGGUACACUACAAGUCUCCACCACCACCAUAUGUUUACAGUUCUCCACCACCACCAUACUACUCACCUUCCCCAAAGGUUGACUACAAGUCUCCACCACCACCAUAUGUCUACAGUUCCCCACCACCACCAUACUACUCUCCAUCCCCUAAGGUAGACUACAAGUCUCCACCACCACCAUAUGUCUACAGUUCCCCACCUCCACCGUACUACUCACCUUCCCCUAAGGUAGACUACAAAUCUCCCCCACCACCAUAUGUCUACAGUUCCCCACCCCCACCAUAUUACUCACCUUCCCCUAAGGUAGACUACAGGUCUCCACCACCACCUUCAUAUUACUGA